GAUUUGAAGCUGGACAAUAUACUUCUGGAUGCGGAAGGUCACUGUCGAUUGGCUGACUUUGGAAUGUGCAAAGAGGGUAUUUCAAAGGAUAAGCUCACAUCCACUUUCUGCGGUACACCAGAUUAUAUUGCUCCUGAGAUUCUACAAGAGAUGGAAUACGGAGUGUCAGUGGAUUGGUGGGCACUAGGUGUGUUGAUGUACGAAAUGAUGGCUGGUCAACCACCGUUCGAGGCCGACAAUGAAGAUGAUCUAUUCGAGGCGAUUCUCCAUGAUGACGUCCUCUAUCCCGUGUGGCUAUCCAAGGAGGCUGUCAAUAUUCUAAAAGCGUUCAUGACAAAGAACGCGUUGAAGCGAUUGGGUUGUGUGCAAUCUCAAGGAGGUGAGGACGCGAUCCGAGCGCAUCCGUUCUUCAGAGAUAUGGACUGGGAAGCGCUCGAGGCGAGACGAGUGAAACCACCGUUUAAGCCGAAAAUUAAGUCAAAGCGAGAUGUUAACAAUUUCGAUGCUGAUUUCACGAAGGAAGAGCCAGUCCUUACGCCAACCGAUAAUGUCGUCGUGAGGUCAAUAAAUCAAGACGAAUUUCGUGGCUUCUCAUUCGUUAAUCCGGAUUUUACGCUUUGCUGA